CACCAGCUCUGUGCCCGUAAUUAAAGCCUUCCUCGGCCUCCUGCUGCACGCAUUUGCAAGCAGCAGGCGCCAGACACUUCGCACACACCCGCCGCGCCGUAGAAUCGCGGCAGUGGUGCAAGACCGCGAGCUCUGCGCUUAAUCAGCCGCCUUGUGCGCCUGCUGCUCCCUAGGUGGUGCAAAAGCGCAAGGCCUAAGCUAAGUGCUCACGCACGCGUGGUGCAAAAGCGCCAGCCCAAAGCUACUCGCUCACGCACGCCAGACCGGCGGGUGAGCAACAACUGCCGCAACCAUUGCGACUUGCCUCGUCUCCCCGGCCCGGCACACGGAGGGUGGUGUGCCGGCGCCGCCGUGCAUGGACGCCGCGGUGCCAGAUGACACGGCCUACGACCAGCUCCAACUGCUCUGCCUGCGCGAGUCCGGCGCGGCCACGGAGCUGCUGAAGGGCACCAGGGCGCUCAACCUGCGCACGCCCGAGCUGUCCGCGCUGGCGGCGGACAUGCUCGAGGCGCAGCGCGUCUUCGUCUGCGCGCUCGGGCGGUGGACGGAGCACACGGCCGGCCCGGCCGCGCGGCGCCUCGCGGGCAAGCUCGCCGGCGUCUCCGAGGCGCUCGACGCGGCGGCGCGGCGCGGCCGCGACCUGCCCUCGGGCGCCGCCGCCACGGGCCUCUGGGCGGACGCCGCCGACGCGGCGACGCGGCGGGCCGCGGCGGGCGCGCGCGCCGCGGCGCUCGUGCGGGCGUUCGACACCGUCGACGAGCAGCUCGCCGACGUCGCCGACGACCUCGCGGGCGCCGUGCGCGGGGCGGCGCGGGGGUCACCGCUCGACCCGGAGUGCGGCGCCGUGCCGCUCUGCGCCGCGGCCGUCCACGCGCGCCUCGAGGCCACGCGGGCCGUGGCGCAACUCGUCCUCGACGCCCUCUGUUCGGAGGACUGA